AUGAAGUCGACGCUUUUCUCGGCUACGCUGUUCGCUGUCUCAGCAGCAACUGUAGCCGCAGCAACGAUCCUCUCCGACCUCGACCAUGCCCAGCAUGAGCCCCACGCUGCCCUCCAGAAACGGGGAUUCUACGAGGACGGUUUCAAGAUAUUCAAGCGCAAGCGCAACGCCCACGCCUGCAUGAUGUCCAUCGUCUUCAUCGUCUUGUUCCCUCUCGGCGCCAUAUCGAUGCACUUGCCUUUUCGCGGCAUCCGAGUCACCACGCGAGUACACGCCCCGAUCCAGAUCCUAGGCUUUGCCAUGAUGAUUGGCGCCAUGGGACUGGGUAUCGACAUUGCAGCCGUCGAUCUGAAUUUCUUCGCAAGCAGCACAAGCACGAAGGCGCAUGUCGUGAUCGGCCUGCUCACGUGCAGUGUGCUGAUCUUGUUCCAGCCAGCGCUGGGGCUGUUGCAGCACUUGCACUUCCGGCGUACGGCGAAGAAGAGCGUCUUCGCAUAUAUCCAUCGGUGGACCGGCCGUGUUGCGAUAUGUCUGGGGUGGAUCAAUUCAGGGCUGGGGUUCCAACUUGUGCCCAUCUCCCUCGUUUCCACGGGGUCGCUGGUAAGGAAUUUCGUGCUCAUGGGGGUGUUGGGGGCUCUGUGGUUCUUCUUGGUCGGAUGGGACGGGUAUCGACAUCAUUGGGCGAAGAAGGAGAAGCUCGGGGCGUAUCGUGUCGGAUGGGACAAGGGGUCCGUGCUGAGAAGGCAGCACGCGGUGGAAGAUGGGACCAAUGAUGAGGUGAAGUUGGAAUCCAGUCACACUGGGAAUCAGGGCACCACUGCUGGGGAGCAGCACUUGUAG